GGAAUGCACAAGACAGCCCAUUCGGAGGCGGUCUUCGCGAGUAGCAAUGAAGACCGCUUGACAUUGCUUUUAGUGGAAACCCAUAAGAACGCCCUACAAAUGGGUUCGGCAGUCUCCUUACUGCCUCAUUACAGAGACUGGCAAAAGUAUACUUCUAACUAUGUAUUUAAUGAGCCCGGAGGCGCCCCUAGUCGCCCGACAGAGUAUUAAAUGGCGUCACCCCAGCUAGCGCUAUUAUAAAUACCCCUCAAUGGGUCACAUUUAAGGUAACUUCUAUCUACUCCAUUCUCUCUCUUAUUUACUAAUCAUUCACUUCUCUCUCUAACUUUGGCAUCGGAGGAGGUCCCAGGAUUCCCCUAAGGACCUUUCUUGCAGGGUUUUAGAGACUGCCCCCCGUCUAUCGAAAGUCGCACGAGGCCCGUGAAGUCUCACAAAAUCGCCUGGUACAAUCCAGGCACAAACAUUUUGGCGCCCACCGUGUGGCCUCACGAAUUCAUUGCGGAAAGGAUGGGAGACGAGUUCGAGACCCCUCUCAAAGGGAUGACGGAGAACAGCACCCUCAGAGGCCUGUCGCUGGGAGCUGAGAACGAAACAGAGCUAGAGGAGGUGGACAAAAGUCAGGGGUUGCAAAUCGCGAGCAUGUUAGACAGCCUCUCCCAAAUCCUCCAGCUCUUGAAGACAAAAGAAGACCCCACCGAGGGUUUAAGAGGAAGGACGUGUGAGGAGAAGCAGAAGGCCAUCCAUGUCCUUGACAGCCCUGCUCAGACGAAAGGCGGAGGACCAGAGGCGGAAGACGUGGACCUCGACUUUCUUAAGGAACACCUGCGAUCGACCUACGGGAAGCACAAAAGCCCGAUUGUUCUCCAAAACCCCCCAUCGAGGGAACUAUUCAAAACUCCGGUCCCGCUUAACUUCUCCUCCUUAGGACUACAAACAUAUAGCGGGACCCCUGGCGAUCGUUGUGGCGAUGUUUCUCAACGGACGUCGCGGGCCUCCCCUCCCCCGCCCCCUGAACCACUUCCCCAAGUUAUAAUCAGGCCAACAAUCAGCACGCGGAGCACAAUCAGUACGCGGAGAUCAAUCAGUAGGCGGAAAACCAUCAAUAGGAUAUCGUCGAUAUUGAUGCGGUUGAGGCGGCGGGGAUCUUCCGCACCGACAGCGAUGAUGAUGAUGAUGAGGUUGAGCCUGAGAAUGACUGUCAGAUGGUCCACGAGCAGGAGGUUGCUGCUGAUGAGGUUGAGGCAGAGAAUGGCGGCCAUGUCCACGAGCAGGAGGUUUUUGCUGAUGAGGUUGAGGAAGAGAAUGGCGACCAUGUCCACGAGUAGGAGGUUGUUGGUGAUGGGGUUGAGGCAGAUAAUGGUGGUCACAUGGUCCAAGGGCAGGAGGCUGCGGUGGACGACUAGGAUAUGGAGACUGAACUUGCACCCAGAUCUAUUUGUUCUACGAUGGAGGCUGAACUUGCUCGCAGAUCUACUGCAAUUUGUUCUACUUCUUCUUGGUUAAUUGAGUUCUGCUACAAUUUGUUCUACUUCUUGUUGGUUAAUUAAAUAUAUCUGCUACAAUUUGUUCUACUAUUUGUUCUUGGUUAAUUGAGUAUGUUUGUGUGAUUCUCGUUCCCUAAUUGAGUAUAUUUGGCUACUUUGUUUGGAGAUUCUCUGUUUCUUUUUGGGCUCAAUCUCCUUCUUCUCCAUCGUAAGCUUAGUCGGCUUCGUACUCCGUCGAAAGCGUUGGUGAAGGAGAAUCGAAAUUCCUGAGUUCCUCCCUUCUCCGUCGAAGGCUUCGACAGCCCCAUUCUCCGUCGAAAGGCGGCGGGGUAUGUGAGAUCUGUUGGCCGACUUUGGUGCUCUCCAACUCGCUCGACCUCACUGCCGCUCUGGCCUGACGGACAGCCCGCCGCAUCUCUGUCGUGAUCCCAGUGCCGCAUCUCUACCCCAACUUUGGAUACUUCCCAUUAACGAAAAAACGAAUUCUAAGAAAAUAAAAUGUGAUAA